AUGUCAGCCAUUUCGGGAGCUUGCCUGGUGGCUAAAGUGUCAGGCAUGAUUCAUAUUAGAGAGGAUGCCACUCCUCUGGUGUUGGAAUGGCGAGCUAUUGAUCAACUGAAGACUAUACUUAUUCCUCUUAGGUCAUUGAACAAAUUACAGGCAUCAAAGGAAACGUCCCCAAAGAUUAUGCUUAACGUUAUCUAUAAGGCUGAAGAUGGCGAAAAUAAAGAGCUAAGGUUGACGUUCACCAAUCGACCCACCAUGAAUAAUAUCAAAGAGUCUUUGCAGACUAUUGUAGCACGACUGAAGACAGUCAUCAAGGACAGUCCAGCUCCAGGAACGCCAGGAGGAGAUAAUUCUGGAAGUAAUUCGACACCAUCUGCGACACCUGUCCCUGGAUCUGCAGAUUCAUCUGCUUCAAAUCCAUUAUCAUUUGCAAAUCAAGAAUCAUUAUCUGAUUCUAGUUUGCUAAAAAAUCAUCAGUUGCAGCAGAAAUUGUUGCUAGAAGAUCGAAAUCUAAGAAACAUAUUUACAUUAUCGGUCAUCAAAUUCAAAUUAUCUCCUACGAUUUUCUGGUCUACGAGGACAAAUCAAUUGAGAACAUAUGCAUUGACAAUUUCUCAACAUAGGGGCCCCUAUAACGUUUUGUCCACUAUAAAGCCAGUUGCUUCUUCUGACAAUCAGGUUAAUGUGAAUGUAACAAGAAAUACAAUCAAUGAAAUAUUCGAUACAUACCCUAUUGUUAAGAAAGCAUUUAAUGAAUUGGUCCCUCAUAAAUUUCAAGAAGGCGAAUUUUGGUCAAGAUUCUUCAAUUCAAAACUCUUCAGGCGUUUGAGAGGUGAUAAAAUCAAAAAUAGUGACCGUGGAGAUGUUAUGUUGGAUAAAUACCUAUACAUUGAUCCUAACUUUCGAGAGGAUGGGCCCGGCGAGGAUAUCAACUCGAAAGACGAUGUAGAUAAUGAAAGGGAGCCUAGCGUUAGUAAAAUUAUUGACGUACAAGGCAAUGAAGAAGAUCAUUGUGAGACCUUAGGUAAUAUGCCAGAUAUAACAAUGAGAUAUACUGAAGAGUCAGUUAAGCAAAACCCAUUGCUCAGCUCCACUGCAAGGGGUAGUAAGCAAUCAAGUGCGCCGCAAGAAAAUGAAAUGAUAAUUCUCAUGAAGAAUAUGAAUAACUUAUCUUCGAAGAUGGUUCAGAUGAACCAACCUAGUGUAAUCAAGUCUGCAAAAAAAAGUGAUACAAACGGAGAGCCUGAUCAAUUAUCUAUAGAAGAAACAAAUGAAUUACAAGAAGAGUUGAGCUUGCAUGACUUGAACGAAGUUCAAGAUCUGAAAUUCAUUAAGUUGAACAUUAAUACAAACGCCCAAUCACACCAUUCUAAUGCCGAUGAAGAAGAGUCUUUUAGUUCUGAGGCUAUGUCUAAUUUCUUUAAGAAAAGUUUAAUAGAGCCAAAUGGCGAUAACGGAAUUGAUCUUACUGGGACUUACUUGACUAAAGUUGACGACAUAGAUAAGUCGGCAGCGGAAGUAACUUCAUUAACCAAGCAAAAUGCCAGGACCUUUAGACUAGUAAAUAAGAUCAACACGAAUGAAAAUAAUAUCUUGUCAAGAAAUAAUGUCCAAGAUAUUGUCACUUUCAAUAUAACGAUAAUGGAGUUUUUGUCCCAUUUCUGGAAACUUUAUUUGAAUGGGCAAAACCCUGGACAAUUGAAGAAACUUUUCGCUAGCUUGAAAAGCUGUAAGUCUGGGCUUGAUACAUUGAAACAAAAUAUAACCAAAGGAUUCGAUGAUAACCCAUUGGUUCGUAACAACCCUAAAGUGAGAGAUAAGCUAGUCAAAGAUCUACAAAAUUGCGUGAAACCAAUGGAAGAAGGUUUAUCAAGGGCUUUCGAAGUUUACAUCGAAGUCGUUAGGCUCGCUCGUGAGCUGUCUAAUACUAAAAACAAUAAUGGCAAACGACCCAUUGAUAAUUAA